AUGACCAAUUGCACGCAGAUGUGGUUCGUAUUACUAAACUCAGUAGCUAUCGUUUCGUCAGCACCAGUACAAUCUCCUAUGCUGGUUGGCAACGAUGCAUUCCUCACAAAAGAAUAUAUAAACGCAAUCACGGCUUAUGGGCCCGGCCUGGGAGUUUUCACGCCAUACUCAUACGUUGACUUGUCGUACGACAAUAUCCCAUUCGUUGGAAAAAUUCCAACGCUUGGCAAAGAGGGGACUUCUUCAAAGCUGGGGAUAUCGCCCUUCUAUCCUCCGCAAGGAAAUCCUAGCAACCCAUUUCCACCGCUCUACAGGGCACGUCCGCUUCCACUGCAUGUGCCUGAGCCGCAAGAUGUCGUGGCCGUACCGCUGGAUGAAGAAGCUCUCCAUGGCGAACCACUGUUCCCACCGGAACUUGUGUUGCCAUCAGAACAAGAUGCAGCAAAAGCCGAAGAAACAAAGAAACCUAUAGAUCCUUUCGCAUCCGAUGACAGCAACAAAGAUGUUUUGGAUUGGCCGGCAGAAGGCGAAACAUCUCACAAACAAGGGGACCUCGAAGGAGACAGUUCGGAGGUCAUCACAAGAGUGGACAAGGUGAUGGAGAGGAACAUAAAAGAAGGAGACAUGAUGAAGUUGAAACCAUCGAUGGAAGGAAGGCCAAAAAAUCCAUUCAGAACCAAGAGAGUGAAGCGAGCACUUCCCCAGCGAAAUUAG